AUGGCUGUGAAAGAUGGCGUCUCCUACUACCCGACCGAUAACUUGAUCUCGAAGAAGUCGCGAAAGCACUACCGUAUUCCUGUCCGAUCGCAACAUUGGCAGCUGCGAUCCCUAAUCAGUGCCGAAAAACAAAACUUCGUAUACUUCCCUGGAGGGACCGGUAGCAAUCAUGUGCAGCGUCUUAACACCACGACCAAGGAAUGCGAGACUGUCAAGUUUCUCUCCUUUUCGCCGCGAUGUCUAGUCGCUGAAAACGGAUGGGUGUGCUGUGGUGGAGAGACUGGCGAAUUCACGGCAAUUCAGUUGGAUGGCACUACUGAUGAUAGCCACGAUCUCGAUCUCCAUCUCAACUUAGAGCCUGACGCUCGCUUGCCCCUCGGAUUCGAGUCAGACUCUCAUCGUCCCGAAGAUACUGUCUUCUCUCUGGUCGCCCAGUCACGACGGCUAAACAUGAGCAGCCGGCUGAACAAGAGUUAUACGGCCAAGAGUCAAAAACUGGCGCGAGAUCGUGUCAAUUGCAUAACUAUGUGGUUCCCACCCAUCGCCGGCCCAAUGCACCACGGGGCCUAUACAGAACCUGCCGCUGUGUUGGCAAAUAACGACAAGACAGUGGUUUUGGUUGGCUUGCGCGAUUUCGAGAGCCAGGAUAAAGUUGAGCCUUUGGAUGUAGUGACAUACCCAGACUACGUCAACCGGGCCAUCAUCUCUCCCGAUGGGCGUCUUCUGAUAGCUAUCCUUGACGACCCAUUCUUGUAUAUCCAUCAUCGCGUUGAGACGGCUAUGGAUGAUAACGGUCCGUUUCGGGCUGAUGAUAAGCCCGAGUUUCGUUGGGAACUAUGUGGUAAGAUCUUACUAAAAAGCCAACGCAGAGAUGACGGUUCAGACAGCAGAGGAAGCUUCGCCGCAUGCUUUUCCAACAGCGGAGCUUAUCUGGCUGUGGGAACUCAGUACGGCACUAUCUCGAUUUUUGAUGUCGCGGGUUUAACUGAUCCUGAUGUUACCGAUCCUUUGCUGACAUCCUUUACUUCAUCGCGGCCAAGGGCCGGACCUGGAGCUGUCCGUGACAUGGCCUUCUGUCCCGGUCCUUAUGACCUCCUAGCUUGGACAGAAGAUCGUGGACACGUUGGCAUUGCCGAUUUGAGGACUGGAUUCGUACAGCGCCAAAUUUUGGAUAUAGGGGCUGACGGCGACUAUGAGCAUAUUCCUGUUCUCGAUCGCGCCACCAUAGACCCUCGCCUUUUAGAAGGUCGUGGUGAGCGGAAUGAUGUCCCUUUAUCUGCCUUUCCAGGAUCAUUCGGUCUUGGAGAGGGCCGUCGGCGACGAGGUUCCGAGGGUCCUGAGCGUCAUCACCUGGCCCUUACCCCCGAUGAAACUCGGGUGCUCGAAGCAUUGCAAGAUGAACGUCGAAGGAGGGAGCAAAGGGAGCGGAUUGCGGCACGUAUGGCAGAGCAAUCGGCAAGUCUGUCACCCCUUCAGCAGCUACCACUCACCCCAUGGGGGUGGAGGCUUCCCCGUCCUAUUGAUUACGACUCUAACCCUGGAGUAGCUACGACACGCGCGCGAAGCAGUAGCGUCUCGCGUAGCCUGGGGGAACAAAGCGAUGCAGCACGCACAACGGGCGAUCGCGGUGACUUUCAACCUGGCAACGUGUCUCGUGCUAUUGGAGAUCUCCUCGGUAAUAUCCGGGAUUCCAGAGAACGAGCUCAAGAACGUAUUCGUAAUGCUCAUCGCCUUAUUCUGCAAUCCAAUGCGGACCGAGAUCGUAUGCUUGGCAUGAUGAAUGCUCAUCCUCCGAGACGAGCAGCAAGUAUUCGCCCUGGAGACGCGUCGACUGCAACACAGCGAGCAGCCAGUGACCUUCGCAGCCUAACUCCAUCAGCUAGUGGAUGGGCUGAUCUCGAGGCCCUUUAUAGCUUGUCCUUCGAGAGCAACGUUCAAGAUUUGCGCGCCGCUACGAGGGACCGCGACAGAGACAGGUCUUCAAUUUUGCCUCUGCUCAACUCCGUUGCAAUUCGUGAGUUAGAGGAGCGCAACGCCCGUCGACGAGUUGCACUUGAGCAUGGAGUUCACGAAGCCGACACUGAGCCUGACAAUACCGCCGGGAUCUCGUGGAGCGAGGACGGAAGAAUCUUGUAUGUGGGUGCGGAAAACGGCAUAUACGAGUUUCAGGUGGACGUUCAAGGUCGCAAAUUUCACCCUAACUUGAAUUUACGUUAA